UGAGCCGAGGCCGAUUCACACAAAUCCUUCUUGAUGUCACCGAGUGGCUUAGCCAAUGGACCUCCUCGCGAGCAGCAGUGGGCUGGGCGUCAACUUGCAUUCAUAAACGGAUGUGAUAGUUAAGUGUUGAAUGUACUGUACAGACCUAGACAGAACUUGAACCAUGGCGGAAGAAGACGACACAAGAAUUCGGAUUUUACAAAGCCUACGGGGAAAGAUCUGUGAAGCUAAGAACCUGGGUCCAAGCUCGGGGCCUGCACGGUUACGAGACGUCUCCACCUUCUGCACCAUCAGCCUGGACCAAGAGGAGGUGUUCCGCACUAAAGUGUUCGAGAAAACAUUAAGCCCAUUCUACGGAGAGGACUUUUACUUUGAAAUCCCUCGGCCAUUUCAGUGUCUGUCCUUCUAUGUUUACUCCAAGAGCGUUUUUCAAAGGGAUCUGCCAGUAGGUAAAGUGUCGAUAAGGAAAGAGGACCUGUGUAAGAUCAGUGGCAAGGAGAACUGGUUCACGCUGCAGCCCGUGGACCCCAACUCACAGGUCCAGGGGAAAGUGCAUUUGGAGAUGAAGUUGAAUGAGCUAAUCACAGAGAACGGUUCACUCAGCCAGCAGCUGUCUGUACGGAUAAUCGCGUGCCAGGGCCUGCCCCUGAUCAGUGGGCAGAACUGCGACCCAUAUGCCACAGUCACCCUCGUUGGCCGCACCAGGAAUGACCAGAAGAAAACAAAAGUGAAGAAGAAGACAAGUGACCCCCAAUUUGAGGAGACAUUUUAUUUUGAGGUCACGCGCUCAAGCAGCUACAAGAAGUCUCAGUUCCAGGUGGAAGAGGAGGAUAUUGAGAAGUUGGCGAUCAAGGUGGAGUUGUGGGACAAUGAGAAUCUGGCCCAGGACGUGUUUCUUGGGGAGACGCGAGUGUCGCUGAAGAUUCUAAAAAAUGACCACGUCCAUCGAGCAUGGUACCUGCUGCUGCCUAAGGGUAACGGUAACAAGUCCAAGGCUGACGACCUGGGCUCUCUGCGGCUGAACGUGACCUACACGGAGGACACAGUGCUGCCCUCUGCCUGCUACGACCCGCUCAGCAACCUGCUGCUCAAGUCGCCCGACGUCAAGCCCAUCUCUGCGUCGGCGGCCCAUAUCCUGGGUGAUGUGUGUCGUGACCAUAACGAGGCGGUGCUGCCGGUGGUCAGACUGCUGCUGCACCACAACCGUCUGCUGCCCUUUCUCACCGCCAUCGUGGACCUGGAGCUGCACAACACACAGGAGGCCAACACCAUAUUUCGGGGGAACACUUUGGCCACGCGCUGCAUUGACGACAUGAUGAAGAUCGUAGGACGGAGCUACCUGAUGGUCACGCUCAAGCAAGUACUGGAGGAGAUUUGUAACACCAAUAAGCCAUGUGAAAUCGACCCCAUCAAGUUAAAAGAGAGUGACAAUGUGGAGGCGAAUAAGGAGAACCUCCAGGGUUAUGUCCAGAAGGUGUUCUCCUCCAUCACGGAGUCGAGCUCGAGCUGCCCGCCACUAAUGUGUGACGUCUUCAGGUCCCUACGACAGAUGGCCUCCAAACGCUUCCCUGCGGAUCCUCAUGUGCAGUACUCGGCGGUCAGUAGUUUCGUCUUCCUGCGAUUCUUUGCGGUGGCCGUUCUCAGCCCGCACACCUUUCAGCUGCUUCCACAUUACCCUGAUCCUGACAUCUCGCGGACGUUGACCCUCAUCUCCAAAACCAUCCAGACCCUCGGCAGCUGGGGCAGCCUGUCCAAAAACAAGCUGGCAAGCUUCAAGGAGAACUACAUGUACGACUUCUUCAAAUCAUUCCAAGAAGACAAAUGUAUAGAGAAGGUCAAGCAGUUUUUAGAUGACAUAUCCUCCAAUGUGAGUAAGGAGUCCAGCGCGCUUGAGGACUGUCUGGUCCUGAAAGAGGGGGAAGUACACAAGCGGGCACAGGGAAGGAAGCGCAUCGGAAAGAAGAACUUCAAGAAGCGGUGGCUGCGUGUGACCAACCAGGAGCUGUCCUAUCACAAGCACCGAGGCAAGGAGGCGUUGUUUGUGAUCUCUGUGAAGAGCAUCCUGGGGGUCGAGAAGCUGGACGAGAGUGCCUUCAACCGCAAAAAUAUGUUCCAGGUGAUCCACACAGAUAAGCCGCUGUACGUGCAGGCGGGGAACUGUGUGGAGGCCAACGAGUGGGUGGAGGUGCUCAGCCAGGUGAGCCGCUGCAACCCAGGCCGUCUGUCCACCUACCACCCCUCGGCCUACCUCAUGGGCUCCUGGCUCUGCUGCCGCAGCACCAGCGAGACACAGCCCGGAUGCAAACCCUGCACCAUGAGCAUGCCGGUCAACAUCCAGCUGGAUAUCGACUGUGAUCGCGAGUCCGAGCGCAUCUUCUCCAUGUUCUCCUCCAACCUCACCAAGCUGCAGAAGAUGGAAGACGCGUGUGCCGGCCUGUCGGUGUACCUGGGCCAGCAGCAGGAGGAGUACUCGCUCUUCACCAUCCAGGACCCGCGCGAGACCUUCCAGACCAUCCAGCAGAUCCGCGCCGCGCUGGACGAACUGCAGGCCCACCACGAAACGCACGGGGCGCUCGCCGACGAGCCCGGAUCCAUGGAAAAUCCAAUAGUGGGGAAGACGUCGUAACCAGGCUUAUGACGAAUGGAGGAAAUUAAUAUCGAACAUUGAACGGUCCGCACUGAGACCUCCACACCAGCAGGGAAGGCUGUUUGCCACGCAGCGCAGACAAGCCGCCGGUGUUAACGGCAAAAAGGGAAACGAGAGGGGAGAGCCAAAACGACUCGCCUCACCUCACUUGCCCCCGCCCCCAUUCCCAAUCACAGCCAGCGGAAACACCUGACCAAUCAGCGGAUGCGGUGUUGAUCAGCUGACCUCUCACCAAGGGCUUGGGGUGAUUGAGGGUUGGUUUUUUUGUUGUUGUUUUUUAUUUUAUUUUAUUCUCCCACCCGAUUUUCAGACAGUUGUGAACCACCCUAAGAUAUUUCCCGCCGCACCAGUGCCUCGAUCCAGCGGUCAACGCCGGCCAACCCUCUCUCGUCAGAGAAGAAGACACUCCCGAGGUGAAAAAAAAACAUAAACAAAUUAACUUUCUGUCAGUUUUCGGAGACGUUGUACAUGCUGUGAACCAGAGGGACAGAAACCGAAACAAAGCAAAUGGAAAAAAAAAAGAUGAAAAUGACAGACGUCACUCGGUUCAAUCUGUGUGAUGAAGGCUGCUAUAUCUUAAACUUAUGUUUCUCUCUCUCUCUCUCUCUCUCUCUCUCUCUCUCUCUCUCUCUCUCUCUCUCUCUCUCUCUCUCUCUCUCUCUCUCUCUUUCUCUAUCUCUAUCUCUCUCUCUCUUUCUCAUCUUCUAAGCAAUCAUUGAGACCUCUGCUCUGGGCUGUCCUCUUAUUCGGGCCUUGAUAUUUCACGUUCUGCACUUGGAGAGCGCACUCCUCUAUCAGCCAUUCCUGUCUCAAGACUUUCUUACUCUGUUACGAUGAGUCUGUCUCGGCUUUUCGUUUCGUUUAUCUUCUAUCUGUAUCAUCCUGUUCUAUCUUUCGGUUUGUUCCUCCUCCGUCUCUCUCUGACUCUCUCUCUAUCUCUAUUUCUAUCUCUAUCUCACUAUAUCAUCCUAUUCUCUCUAUCUAAUCCCGUUCCCAUCUCUUCUGUCUUUGUUCCUCUGUUCUUUGUCAGAGAGGAUGGCGUUGAUUUGCCUUAAGUUCUGGUUGGAUGUAUUUCCCUUGUCCAGCCUCCUGGGGGCUUUAGGGAAUUAUGCUCAAGCACUUUAGACAUUUGGAAUGUUCCAGAUGGAAUCAUUUAUAGAUACAUGGUAUCAACCUGUUCCCUCUUAACUGAUCAGUUUAAUGAUCCUUUGUGUAAGUCUUGUAUGAUAACAUUUGUACGUCUGUAAUUUUGUUUUGUUUUUUAAGAAAAGAGAAAAAUAUUAGCUAUUUUUUCUUAUGCCAAAGAAGACCAUUUCGUAGGGUUGACAACGUGAGAGUUUUAAUUAAAAAAGUGUAUUUUAAAUACCAACAUUCUGAAGAAAAAAAAGGAAUAUUAUCUAUAUUCAGCCGUGUGUGUUCUAACGUUUUUAUUUUUUUGUUAACGUUUUGUUCAGUUCACUGUCAAUCGCAACAGUGCUGAAUCAUUGUUCUGGCCUUUUUUAUGAAAUCCUAUUUUUUUAAAAGAAUGGCUUCAAAACGUUCCUUUUACACUCCGAGCAACAAAAUAGGGGGGUGGUGCCGCAUCAGCACGACACUCCUUAGUAAACCAGUACUGUGAUGUCAUUAUCCUGUCAAUCAAACAUUUUUUGAUUUGUGAUUGGUCCCCACUGUCUUAUUUGUCAGUCUGUCUUUGUGGCAUGGAUGACCUUUAAAACAGCCACACACACACACACACACACACACACACACACACACACACACACACACACACACACACACACACACACACACACACACACACACACACACACACACAAAACAUUGUUCUUUGAAAGAUGUUUGGAGAAUCAUUUUCCCACAAGACAAGCAAGACAGGUGAAUCCAACACAAGUUCUGUCGUAUGAAGUCAGUCUGUCUUCAUUCUCGUUGAGCAUUAAUGUCAGCAAACCAUCGUGUGGAUCAGAUGUGCUGUUGUUAAAGCAGUGGCAUGUUGGUGUAUCAGAGUGCAAUAAAAAGUGAAGUAGCCUACAUCACAGCACAGGGUUUUAUAUAUAGAUCAUGCAACAUAUGAUUGUUUUUAUCAAGAGAACAAAAAAAACAACAAUCUGAUCCUGGUCCAUUAUAUUUUGUCUGUGUGCUUAUUCAUGCUUGUAUUUAAUGAUUUUAUUUUUUUCAUUUGUUUAUUUGUUUUUGUUUGUUUUGUCUCAUUUUUUCCUUCCUUUUUAGCAGACUUGUAAUUAUGUUAACACACACUGUGACCUGAUCACAUUGUAAACUGUGUUGCUUCGAUGGUACCUUUUUUUAAGUGAAUAAAUAAUUUUAACACUC